GACGACAUCUUUAGUCUCUGUCACGCGAACCAUCGAACCAUCAAUAUCUGCUCAGUCUACGUUCUUAAGAAUAUACAGCGGGGAUGGCGAAUCGAGCGCCAGGAAUAGCAUGUAUCGGCUUCAUAGGCAAAGCAAACAACCCGCUCCACAUCUCACUCUUUCCGCCCAAGGAACGUGACUAUUUGCAGUACUCGUUCAUGUUGUCGUCAUGUCUGGAUCUCUUCGAGCUUCGAAUGCCACACAAGACGGCAGAUCAGGACUUCGGUCUUCUCCAAGCAAUCGAUGAGCGGCUCGCCAUGUACGGAUGGCUUACCAACACGGGCGUUAAAAUCGUCAUCGUCGUCGACAUGGAGGGUAAACCCGCGCCUGCGGACUUGAAGAAUCAGAACAUACUAGGGCUUAGGGAUAGCGACCUGAAACCUGCUUUCAAGGCUCUGCAAAGCGCCUACAUCAAUCUGCUGAGGAAUCCAUUUUACAAUCCAGAUGACCAUGCGCCAGCGCCAGGAGUGAAACGCAGUGGGCCGACACAUAUCACAAGCCCGCGCUUCAUCAAGGAAGUCCAACGUAUCGGCGAGGCCUGGGCGCCAGGUGUGACAAGCCUAUGAGCAACGUGCAAGAGAGCAAUCGCCUAAAUUCUGUCUUGUAGCCCUCAUCCGUCCGCGAAUCCAAGGAAGAGACGCCGCGAGGGUACUCUAUGUUCCUUUCUUUCAUGGUCUUCGCGAGACGCCAAUGACUCUCAGCGUGUCCAGAACAACCCUUCAUCAAUACGAUUUGAUGCGCGGUCAACCACGUCUAGACUUCAACCCCAGAGGCGCACUCUGCCUAACGCUUAUGGUAUCCUUCCAUAAUGGCCGAGGCUCUGUGUCGUGUCAUUUGGAAGUUCCUUUUCAAAAGUCAUGGACCGCGUGUUGGUUCCACGCGUCGUGUGUCACUUGUGCCGAAGCUGAAAAGCCAGAUUCGACGAUAUCAUUGACCAUAUCCUAGGUUAAGUAGCGUUUUGAAGCGCUGCUAUAUAAAGACUCGGGAAGGAAAGAACGCUAAUCAAUGCAACUUCUCUCGAUUCUUAUGCUUUAUCAUCAGCACCGCCGUCCGUGUUGUAGACAUCAGGGGAUGUAUAGCUGCACAAGCUCCCCCGCCGACUCUUAAUUGGUCUUGCUGGUAGUAGGGCUAAGCUUCUUCAGCCAAUCUCUCGCUUCAUAACAAAAAGGACUUGAAAGGUUGUUGCUAAACGCGCCGUCCUGCACGCUGGUCCGGCAUGGUACGGAAUGAAGCUCGGCAAAAGGUGGACUGCAUUUACAGCUCUUUCACAUGGUUAUUCAUAUCAACAGCCCGCUCCAGCCGUUCAAGCAUGAUGCAUGUUCGCAGACAUAUUAUAAUGCGAGCUGUAUGUAGUUAGAAUGGAAAGAAGGUUUCCACUA